UUGAUUAAAUAACCCCGCAUGUUUAACCAUGAUAUACAACGGCAAUAAAAUGCCGCCCAAUUGGGAGCAAAACGCCCCUUCAUCGCCGUCGGGCGGCGCAGAAACGCAAGGUUACGACGGCUAACUGCAGGGAGCAGAACAGAGAUCGAAACAGCCAUGGAUCGUCUUUUCAAACAAGCAAGAUCAUCCGGAUCUCUCAAUCUGUCUAAUCGCUCACUGAGGGAAGUUCCUAAUGAAGUUUACAAAAAUUUGGAAGCAGCUGGAGAGGAUGAAAAGUGGUGGGAGGGCGUGGCGUUACAAAAGCUUAUCUUGGCUCAUAACGAGAUAGAAGUACUGAGGGAAGAUGUAAGAAACUUAACAAUGUUAUCCAUCUUGAACAUUAGUCACAACAAUUUAGCUCGCCUUCCUGCAGCCAUAGGAGAGCUUUCUUUACUAAAAUCAUUGGACGUGUCAUUCAACUCGCUAACCAGUAUUCCUGAAGAUAUUGGCUCUUUAACUUCGUUAAUCAAGCUUGAUUGCUCCAAUAAUCUUCUGAAUGGACUACCUCAUAGCCUUGGCGGUUGCAUUGAUUUAGUGGAACUCAAGGUAACACAUCACUGGAAAUAA